AUGAUGAGCAUAUUGCAGGAUGCUGCCAGCAUUUGUAGAUUUUGUUUAAGUAAUGAAGAUAUUCUACAUCCCGUGGCAAACAUUCUACAUUCAGCACUAACUGUCGAAAGCAUAGAACGGCUCACUGGUGUACAGAUUUUAGAGGCAGCAAACCCCUAUUGCAUGGUUUGUACGGAUUGCCACUGUCAGAUAGAAUCGUUUAACCGGUAUCGUAGCAUUUGCAUAGAUAACGAUGUCCGGUUUAAAGCCUUAUUUCCGAUACUAUUCGACAAUGCGAACAGUGAGGAUUGUGCUACAACUGAUUUGAGCAUAGAAUACGUAUACAACGAUGAAGAAGUUCCGCCCAGUGGGAUCCUCGAUCACAACUACUGCAUUGAUGUGCAGGAAAAGCCAACAGUGGAUGCCCAAGGUGAUCCGGCAGACAUCUAUGUGGUGUGCGAAGAAGUUACGGAACUGAGCGACAACCCCAAAGAUGGUAUGGUGGAGCAAAUAGUUCAAUAUACCGCUCCGGAUAGCGUUCCACAGACCGUAAACAAAGAAACCAACAUUGCAGCAGAGGAUAGUGAUGCAGAUUAUUUGAACCAGGAAGAAAUUUAUGUAACAAUUAAGGAAGAUCUACAAGCGCACGGAUUUUCCACAGUAGAAGAACAACCUUAUCUGGAGGAUAUAAUCGAGCAAAAUCAGGCAAUAGCAUCCAUGACACAAAACAUUGAAAACAGUAAUGUGUCAGACAUGAAACAACUAAAAGCUGACAAACAGAGCGUUGAGAAAAAAACUAACAAAAAGACGUUGUGCUAUAUCUGUGGCAAAUUUGUUUACCACCUACCAGAUCAUAUGCUGGCACAUGCAAAGGGAACACAAGAGUUUCCGUGCGACCGUUGCUCGUUCGUGUCAUCGCGCAAAUCGAACCUAAAACUGCACAUCGAAAAUGUACAUUUGAAAAAGGUCGUACGACGAUGUGAUAAAUGUGAUCGAAACUUUACCUACGUAGAUUCGUACUAUGCGCACAUGCGCGCAAAACAUAACUUCGGAGAGCUGCUUGAGUGUAAAACAUGUUCCAAGAAGUUUCGCCAUCGAAGUGGCUUAAAUGGUCAUAUCAAUCGGAAACACAACAGUAACAGCAACUGCACGUGUUCGGUGUGUGGCUUCGUUGCUCAAGACAAGAUUGGAUUGAAGGAUCAUAGCAGAGUCCAUUCCACCGAAAGGCCAUUCGUUUGCAACUACUGCCCGAAAGCAUUCAAAAGCCCGUACGCCCGUAGAGCACAUCAAUACAUACACGAGGGUGUUGUUUUCCCAUGCCCUGUGUGUGACAAGUCCUAUCGAUAUAAAUCGCAGCAAAUAGAUCACACGCGAAAGGUGCACGGUCGGCAAAAUAAGCAAAUGGUAGAAAAUACGAGCUAACCGUGU